AUGAUUCAGAAGACAAACGCGCGCGUCGGUAGCUCCGCUGCGGCCUCCGUACGGCAAAACACCGCUAGUGAUAGCCCGAACAGCUGGGGCAAGUAUUCCGGUCGCAAACACUACUCUCUUGAAGUCGUACAGCAUCCCAUUCGGGCGAGGAUGUGCGGUUUCGGUGACAAGGAUCGGCGACCACUGGCACCCGCUGCUGUGGCUAAGAUGAUAGUAACAAGAGACGAUGGAAGCCUUGUGGAUGUUGAUGAGGUCGACUGCUCGUUCUUUCUUGUCACCGUCGAUUUAUGGUCUGCGGAUGGCAAACACGAGAUGAAUCUGGUGCUCCACCCGACCUCUGCGGAUCGUUACGUGCCCGCAAAUACCCCCAAGAACAAGCGGCGAGGCACAGUCACGACCAAUACUUCCAAUCAGCGCUCGACCCGUCAGAGCCCAGCGCCUUCACUGCCGCCACCGAGUACCCCUCAAUAUUCUCAGCAGAGGAACGCUCCUCAGCAAUUGUCCUCGGGAAUGACACCUUAUAUGCAGCCUUCAAACGCCAAUUACCCUGCGCAGGGCUAUCCUUUCCCUGCUCAGCCGGCGCCUGUCCCCGAAUCAAACUCGUUCCAGCCCGUACAUCCGUAUGCACCGCAGCCCGACUCCAAUACGCCCUCGUGGGGCUAUUCUGCUUCGGGGACAACUGUUGAUCGAGCUCAGUCCUACGGGACGCCUGCACUGCCCGCCGUCAACGCCGUCAAUCGCACUACGCCCCCAUCGAACCCUGAGCCUGCCACGGCGGCCGAGUACGGCGCGCCCGCACAGGCGGGUGCGAAUCCCCCGCAGGACUGGCAAAUCCAAACCCCGGUGCGGGACGACCAAGGCAAUGUCGAUUACCGGACCUGGCCCCAACAAGGGGCGGCUUAUUCCUCCGUCGAAGGUCACCCCAUGCCGCCCGCUCCCACCCCCCACACCGCCGAUCCGCGCGAGGGUGCUUACGGCAGCGUCGCACCCGGCGGCACCUCGGACGCGUACCCGCAACAGGCGCGCUAUUCUCAGGAGCCGUACACGCCCGUACAGACGAGCCCGUCGCAGUCCCUAGACUCGUCCAUGUACGCGUCUGCGUCAUACGCCCAGCAGCAGCACCAGCAGCAAACGCAAUCACAGUACCAUCAGGGGUCUUCUUACCAGGAACCUACGCCACCCUCGACGAUUCCCCCUCUGCCCCGCCAUACUUACACCCGGACCUUGGUCGGGCCGCUCGCCGCGAACGCCUGCCGCCUUCUGGACGAGCACCGCAAGCCCGGGGUGUUCUUCCUAUUCCAGGACUUGUCAAUCAGGACGGAAGGCACCUUCCGUCUCCGGCUUCGGUUGAUGAACGUCGGCGCUCCCCCGGCACCUGAGCCGCGCGCCUCUGGCGUCCAUACGGACGUGUCAGCUGUCCUCGCACAAACUUUCACGGAACCUUUCGUCGUGUUCUCGGCGAAGCGCUUCCCUGGCGUGCCAGACACUACCGCCCUUUCCAUCGCCUUGGGCAACCAGGGUCAGAAGCUCCCGCUGGUGCGUCAUCUCUGA